AUGGCCUCAGUUUUUUCUAAAAACGCCAUUUUCAACGUCUCAAAAGCUUUCCCUCAAUCCUCUUCUCUGCCCCUCCAUCGCAAAGCCUCUCGGGUUUGCUUCACUUACGCCUCCAAAUCCUCUGAGGAACCAAAUGCAGCACAAAGAGGUGAGGAACGACGUUAUUACGCGGGGAAUAGUGCUAAAGAUGUUGAGGACAGAGUUUCUGAGACGACCGAGAAAGCCAAAGAAAAUCUGAAAAAAAGCACUGAGAAAACGCAAGAACAAGCGAACGAAACCAAGGAGAAAGCGAAAGAAAAAGCGAGCAGAACAGCUGAAAUGGCACACGACACAAAGGAGAAAGCCAAAGAGCGAGCACAGGACAUGAAGGAGAAGACAAAGGGCACAGCCGGGACGGCGGCCGAUAAGGCCAAAGAAGGCACCUACAGAGCGGCCGAGACAGCAAAAGAAGGGACGAGUAAGGCGGCGGAGACGGCACAGAUUAUAGGGGAGAAAGCGAAGCAGACGGUGCAGGGGGCGUGGGGGGUGGCAAAGGAGACUACACAGAAGAUCAAAGAGACGGUGGUUGGUAAGUCUGAGGAUGUUGAUGAUUAUAUGGAAGAUCAUGUGAAGAAGACCAUGGAUGAAGAUGAUGUGGAAAUGAGGGGGCGUGCAGCAAGGGAACGCGGUGGGAAGAAGAAUUGA